GCUCUCCGUGUCUUCCACCAUGGCCUCCUACAGCUCCUCCGCCCAAACGGCCUCCUCCUACCGCCGCCACUUUGGCCACGGUGCCUACGCCUCGCCCUCCCUGAACCGCUCGCUGCUGGGCCACAGCGGUGGUGGUGGAGGCCACCACUCCUCCAGGGUCUAUGAGGUGACCCGGAGCAGCUCAACACCGACCUACAGGGUCUCCUCCAGUUCCUACGGGAAGCCCCUGAUGUCCUCCCGGGCCUCCGUCGGGCGCUCCUACGCCGGCAUGGGCGAGACGCUGGACUUCAGCCUGGCCGACGCCAUCAACCAGGAGUUCCUGUCCACGCGGACCAACGAGAAGGUGGAGCUGCAGCACCUGAACGACCGCUUCGCCAGCUACAUCGAGAAGGUCCGCUUCCUGGAGCAGCAGAACCAGACGCUGGCGGUGGAGGUGGAGCGGCUCCGGGGCCGCGAGCCGACACGCAUCGCCGACCUGUACGAGGAGGAGAUGAGCGAGCUGAGGAGGCAGGUGGAGAUCCUGACCAAUCAGAGGUCACGUAUAGAAGUGGAGCGGGACAACCUGGUCGAUGACGUGGACAAGCUCAAACUCAGACUCCAGGAGGAGAUUCUCCAAAAAGAGGACGCAGAAAACAACCUGGCUGCUUUCAGGGCGGAUGUGGAUGCUGCCACUCUGGCUCGUCUGGACCUGGAGAGACGCAUCGAGACUCUGCAGGAGGAGAUCGCCUUCCUGAAGAAGAUCCAUGAGGAGGAGAUCCGCGAGCUGCAGAUGCAGAUGCAGGAGUCUCAGGUCCAGAUCCAGAUGGACAUGUCCAAGCCGGACCUGACGGCGGCUCUGCGGGACAUCAGAGCCCAGUACGAGGGCAUCGCCGCCAAGAACAUCAACGAGGCCGAGGAUUGGUACAAGUCGAAGGUGUCCGACCUGAACCAGGCAGUGAACAAAAACAACGAGUCUCUGAAGCAGGCCCGGCAGGAGACCAUGGAGUUCAGACACCAGAUCCAGUCCUACACCUGCGAGAUCGACUCACUCAAAGGCACCAAUGAGUCCCUGAUGAGGCAGAUGAGGGACAUGGAGGACCGCUACGGACGCGAGGCCGGAGGCUUCCAGGACACCAUCGCCCGGCUGGAGGCGGAGAUCUCCAACAUGAAGGACGAGAUGGCACGCCACCUCCGGGAGUACCAGGACCUGCUCAACGUCAAGAUGGCGCUGGAUGUGGAGAUCGCCACCUACAGGAAGCUGCUGGAAGGGGAGGAGAGCAGGAUUACCUUGCCGGUUCAGAGCUUCUCCACCCUGAGCUUCAGAGAGACCAGCCCUGAGCACCAGCAGCGCUCCUCUGAGUUGCAUUCAAAGAAAACCGUCCUCAUUAAGACCAUCGAGACCCGGGAUGGAGAGGUUGUCAGCGAAUCGACGCAGCACCAGCACGACAUCAUGUAACGAUCUGCAGAAAAGAAGAGAAGUAGAAACAACAACUUAUGCGCAAAUAAAUUUCAAGUAAAACGACUUUACAGACUCAUGAUUAUGGCCUGUACUGUUUUUUAAAGUGCAUACAAUGUGUGAAUGUAAAGCAGAGAGGUGAUAUCGUUAACUUUAUUGGGGUUUAUUUAUCUCUGCUGGUGUGUUUUAGCUGGGAACAACAUACUUCCUGCUCUGCAAUUUAAGUUAAAUGUCACAGAAAAUCAGUUUCACAUUAACUGAGCAAAUCCUCGGCUUUUGCAUCUCAUUUCUUACCACAAAAAGUAUGCAGACUGGUCCAAACCUACAUAGAAAAUACUGUUUUUUUCUUGCAUUAUAAUUCUUCAGCAGCU